AGCAAAAGUGUGCCCCAGGGGUGCAAAAGAGCGUAUGUGUAUAUUUUGUCUGCUCGUUCAAUAAAGACGAGAAACGGAAAAGCGGAAAAACGCAGCUCUGCGAUCUCGCGAAUCGCCUCUACGAUGCCUGCAGCGAGCGAGGCUCCAGAAAUUUGAUAUCAGUAGCGAGGUAAAAGGCAGUUGUAACUCAAAACCGACAACGACGACACAGAACGCCUUGAGUGCGCAGUGCUUAUACAUAGGUGUGCGUGUGCGUCUCGACGUCCGUGCGAGUGUGUGUGUGUGUGCGGCAAUUAAACAAUAAGAAUCUUUUGGGCAUUGUCGAGAGGGGCUGGCUAACUGGCGGGGGCACUCCAGUACAGUGUACUCAUGGGCGUGGAAAAGCACACUCAGGGACCCCAUCAACGCAAGCGAAGCGCGAAAUUGGGCGCAGGUUGUGAUUUACAUUAAAAUUAGAAAUGGACACAAUACUAGAGUGAAAGGCGGCGCCCAACUACCAUGCCGUCGGUUCCAGCGCCGGCUGCUGUGCCAGCCACUUUGUCGGUCAGCGCUUCCGGCACUCAGAUGCUGCGCCCUCAGACUCUGGCCGGCCCCGAGCGGGAGCCUAUCGAGUUCAACAUCAACCUGGUGGGAGCUCCUCCCGAGGUGGAGCAGCUGGUGGAGCAGAUCAAGAGCGUGGCCGAGCAAUUCCUCUACCACUGGAAGAGCUUUCCCAUUGUUUUGCCUCAGGCGCUGGCUAACAGUGGUCUGAAUUUGACGGCGAGAAACGCGACCAAUAGCGUGAGCAGCCGUAAAACACGUCCCAUUAAUCUGCGCGACCUCUUUAUAGCGCCUCCCUUUGACGAGCUGGACGCCGUGGCAUCUGACGGGAGCGGAGAGCCCCGCCGGCUGACGAGCGCCCAGCUGAAGACUCUGCGGGAAACUGGCGAGUUCGAUGUGCCCAGUCUUUAUUUUCCUGGCCAGGUGCACAAGUGGCGUCUGUCCCAAGUACUCCAAAAGGGCAAGCUGCGGGCGCAGGACUCCUUUCUGAGCGAUCUGGCCUUGGCUGCCCGGUUCGUGGUGGUCACUGCCCGAGCUCGCAUCUUCUCCCACUUCUUUUCGGUCGUGCAGGCGAUGCACGGCUUGCUGGAAGCGUUCACCAGACUUGCUGAUAUGGUCAUCGGUGUGCCGGCUCUUUUGGCCCACAACCUGGACUAUAAGAUUAAGGAGGAGCGCUGCCGAUUUCUCAUAGCCGAGUUGGUUUGUCGGCCCGAAUACGAGGAUUGUUUACACGGCCUGUGUUCCUAUGUCCGGAAGAUGCUGCGUCGCGCUACGAUGGAAAAAUUCGACUUCAACAGCUGCGAGGUCAGCCAGCCCGUACCCUAUCUAUUCCUCACGCCCAAAGGACAGGAGAUCGACUUGCGGCUCUUCUGCCGCGACAUCAUGCGCAAAGCACUUCCAAUUCUAAUUGGCAUUCUGGAGCGGGAGACGCGAGGCUGGUUUCUGCAUUUCCGCGAGCGUUUGAUUGCCGAGCUGCGUGCCAAAAAGCUGAACGACAAGGAGAUCGAGGAGGAGGUGAACGAAGCUGUCAUGAAGGAGUAUCUGCAACGCGUCUACAGCUCAAUCAUCUCCAAUGCAAAGCUGGGGGAGCUUGGCGCCGGAGUGCCGGAACUCCUGGUGCAGCAGGCCCAGUCGGUGGUAAUUAUGUACAAGGCUGUUGACAAGGUGGAGCAGAAUAUCAAGCGGACUCGCGAGGACCAUCAGAAGUGUCUGGCCAAUGACCAUUCCGUGUUGUCGCGGGUUGCCCCCUGGCUGCGCUCCAAGCUGCGCCACGCCGAAGAGAAUCGGCUCCACAAGAGCGCCUGGUCGGCCCACGAGGAAGCGCUAAAAAUGUGCACCCAACAUAACCUGCAUCAAACAGCAUACUUCCUGUCUCGUGACCUGACCUUCAUGAAGGAGCGCGAGCCAGUGCUCCUUAAGGAGCUGAAGAACGCCAAGACUCCCACGCGCAGCUUUCAAUGGGCGUGUCGCAUCUGGUCGCCACAGUCGUGGAUCAUCCGUCGCAACUUCCAGGGUCAGUCUGACGUAAUUCCCACUGUGAUUAGCCAACAUGCCACUAGCAUAGUCACUCCACGGUCGGAUCCCAGCCAGCCGGUUUUUCUGGUGGAAAAGGAGAUACUGCGCACAACAAGCACGCGCUGGCCUUUCUGGCGCCUGCUAAACAUGAUCCAGCGAAUCUGGUGCUGGUCCUGGAACAUGAUGUUCCUGCUUGGCAUACUAGUUCCGUGGUGCAGUCCCCUCGGACUGCGCGCCCUCUGCUGUGUGAAGCCUUUUAUGCCCGACCUUGAGCUAUCGCAAAUCAAUGGCACACUGUUCCCAAGGAAGACGAGCAUAACUCAGACUCUGGCGUCACGUCUAAUCGAGUUGUGGCGACAUAUAUCGAAGUCACGUACGCACUUUGAGACAGAACCAGAUACGGGCUUUAUUGGAAAGGGACUGACACGCAAUCUGAAUCGAACUUGGAACUAUUUUGUGAAAGGAUUCCUAGGUACGAUCGUCAUUUUAUUCGCCUUCCCCCUUAUCUGUUUGGCCGCUAGCUUGCUAAGCAUUUGUCUGGCUGUGACUGCGCCCCUAUGGAUUCCCGUGUUCGUGCUACUACUCCACAUCUACAUGAUCCUCAUAUAUGAUUUGGAUGCACCUGAUAAUACGAAGAAUCGAUACUGCAUCCUAUUGGAAGCCAUAGUUUGGAAUCUUCUCAUACAGGGAUUGCUCCAGCCGGUGGCGGCGAUUCUAAUGGCCACGCUGGUCUGUCCAUUGGCAGCAGGAGUCGUGUUUAUAGUUGGGGUCAUCCGGUAUUCCCUACGGCUGGUGUGGGACUCUCUUACCUACCAUUUGUUUAUCAAGAAGUGUGGACGUGUACCGGCUUCGGAUAGCAUUGCUGUAAAACGAAUUGCUGGACCUGGACUGGCAUUAGACUAUUAUUUCAUAAUCAGACCGGAGCAGGCAUUGGCUGCACUGGAGGCUAAAAUGGAACUGGACGAGUUGCAGGCCUACCAGCAUGCCACGGAGCGAGUGGUGUUGCAGCCACAGCAGGAUUUCCUCCAGUUUGUCGAGGCUUGCUUUGGGCCGUUUUCAGCCCAAAUCAGUAAAACUGGACCGUACUUAUCGCUGGACCGGGAGGCGCAGGAUCUGAUGAGUACGCUACACGAGAAGUUAGAGAAGCGACGAAGGGAGUUGCAGACGGCGCUGACCACCCAAGUCAAAUCUCGCAUAAAGUUAAAUACCAAAGAAUUAAAGAUUGCUAUACAACUGGCCGCCCAUAUUUUAGAGAAAUAUUAUCCGUCUCAUGUCAUCGGCAGACUGUCCAUUAGCGAAGAAGAAUUUUGGGAUAAUAAAGGUCUCACGGUAAACGACUGGCCGGGACUGGCUGGUCUUAUAUACACCGACAUAUUUAGUCUAGAUUUUCUAACGCCAUUGACUGAACACGAUACACAUUUUAAACUAGAACCACAUGCCUCGCUCGACCUUAUGCGUUAUACGGAGAUGGUGAAGAAUGCAAACGAUGUGAUUGGCUCCAAGGGCCUGGAUCUGCUCGGCAAUGUGUACGCCCCGCGUGGCAACGUUCAAGUGCAUCUGCCCUUCCUCGAAGUGACUGCAUUCAAUCCACGCUCCCGCAUAACGCUCACCUUCCGCAAGCCCGAGAAAAGGGAUAUGUCUGUGGGAUUGACCACACCGAGGGUGCGUGCCCACCGUGCCCAGCAUGUGCCGAAGACUUUACAAGAAGGCCAGAAGUCCUGGCGACCGUGGAAGCAGCAAAGCGGAGAGAAGAGCGUUACGGAAAAGCUGCUCAUCCCAUUGCCAGUGCCCCAUCCCGUUCACAUUGCUAUUGCCAUUUACAAUCGCGACACCGAACAGCCCAUCCCCUUGGACUCGGAGCUGGUCUGGGAAAUUCUUAAAUCGAUAGAGGACUGCCAAGGCGGCGAUGCCAUGGCUGUCCAGGCUGUGGCGCGUUAUCGGGGAGCGGUCAUUGAAUCGAGCAAUGACUCGCUGGCCAGCAGCAGCAGCAUUGGCAGUACUCGUGACUCGGGAUCAGGUUCUGUGUCGGGCUCGGCACUGGGCAACGGUACAGAAACCCUUCCAUGCGGCAAUCGAGAGGUCUGCACCCAGGUUAAGGUGGACACCGAGCCGGCUGCCAGCUCCUCUGGUUUCCAUUGGACUCUAAGCAACUGGGGCGCAGCGCAAACGGCACGACGUCGAACCAACUCUAAUGUGCGCGUGGACUUGGCCAGUCCCGAAGAUAUAUCCUUGGAUACGGAUAGUUCGCGUGCCGUUUUCAACAACGCGUACGGCACAACUGUCUAAAAUGCUUUAUUGGUUUGGGCACACAAGAAUAUAUUAACCUAUCAACUCAUAUAGAUUUCUCGUGGCUGCUCGCUGUUGAAAAAAAUCCGUUCUAUCGAAUGAAAUCUCGAAUAUUGUGUUAUUAAAGCGAUGUUUUAAAAAGGAAUCCGAUUGUUCACACAAGAGUCCGAAUCUCAAUUAGAAAAACAAAAUUACAGACCAGGGAACAAUCGUAAAUACUUCAAAUUUUCUUCCCUUCUCAAUAUGAAAUCCAAGGCAGCUAGCUAAAGUGUAAUAAGAGCAAAUUUAUCUAACUAUAUUUACAGUAUAUGAUAUACAUAUAUGAUUCGGUAAUCUACACCGCAUAGGCGAAAAAUCGAAAAGUAAAAACUUCAAUCUAGUCGCAAGCAAAUUUUAUGCAGCAAUCUAAUUCGUUUUCGUAUGCAAUCUAUAGGCAUAUUCUAAUCAAAGCUUCAUGACAGUUUUACAUCCGAGUUUAGUUUAUUGCGAUAUCCGUUCUAAAAGCCAAUAAAGAAACAUAAUUAUUGAUUAGGUAUACAACAUAAGCCAUGAGAUUUUUCUUUGUACCUAACCAACAACAAACAUUUAAGUUUAACACAUUUAAGGAUAAACUUUAUAUUAUAAAAAUUCCACGAAGUGUACCAUGAGCAGUUAAACAAAUAUUGUUGAUUAAUAACUAAUUUAUUCAUAUACACGCAAACUGUCAGGCUAAUAAUGUUUUCUCGACUUCUUCCGAAAUACGAAUCUCAAAAUAUUAAUAAAAGUGAGUAGAACAAUGCAAUAGUAUUGCAUCGAAAGCAUAGAUAACAACAUUAAAAAAUGUCAGCGUAAAGAACUUAUAAAAACAUAUAAUAGGCCAAGAAUAAAACAUUUUUACAUUUAUAUAUGCAUAUUUAGAUCACAUAAUCGUAAAACACAACUGUUGAUGCCUUUGUAUCGAACAUUUUCCAACCGGGCUUACAUGCUAAAUUCCAAUUUGACUCCAUCCCCAGAGCAACAAGCCCUCCAAGUAUUUCCCAUACGGAGAGAAUUAUGAAAACAAAUAUGUUAAACUGCCACAAAUCAAAGUAUUACUUUUCCUUCAAUCCACUCCACGCACUGCUCACGAUCAAUUCAACAUAUUAUAUCCCUUCGGCCGCUUCCAGUGUUAUGUUUAAGCCGUUCAACUGAUUUUGUAAACUUUUUAUUAUUUAAAUGUCGAAAUGCAAACACCAGCAAUGGAAUGAAUCUUUACAUACAAAUAUACAAACAUUUACAUAACUAUGUAGUUAUACAAAUUAAACGAUGGAAACCCCGCAAACGGUAAAUCUCAUGAAAAUGCAUUCAACAAUUUUAUGUAAAAUGUUUAUUAAUAUUAAAGAAAAAAUGUAUCAAUAAAUUAUGAAUGUAUGUGAGCUCGCAACUUUAUAAGCAAUGUUUAGACGCAGGAAUUUCGAAAAUAAAAAAGAGUUUCUAACGACUUAUAGAGUUGCAAGCACAAUAGUAGUUUAAUAUGUAAUAAUAAAAAUGUUGGCUAAAAAUU